GAAGCACAGCACCUUUCAAGCCACUGUAGAAAUGGACAAAGAAGAAAGGAAGACUAUAAACAAGGGUCAAGAAGAUGAAAUGGAGAUACAUGGCUAUAACUUAUGCCGCUGGAAGCUUGCCAUGGUUUUUGUAGGAGUGAUUUGUACUGGUGGUUUUCUCCUCCUUCUCCUCUACUGGAUGCCUGAAUGGCGAGUGAAAGCCACAUGUGUUAGAGCUGCAGUUAAAGACUGUGAAGUGGUGCUUCUCAGGACAACUGAUGAAUUUAGAAUAUGGUUUUGUGCAAAAAUUCACUUUCUUCCUCUGGAGAAUCAACCAAAUUUGAAUGCAAAAUCUUUAGUUAAUAAGGUUUCUAAUGGCCAUGCUGUUCAUCUGACUGAAGAAAAUAGAUGCGAGAUGAAUAAAUACUCACAGAGUCAGUCACAACAGAUGCGUUAUUUUACCCACCAUAGCAUAAGAUAUUUCUGGAAUGAUGCCAUUCACAAUUUUGAUUUCUUAAAGGGACUGGAUGAAGGUGUAUCUUGUGCAUCAAUUUAUGAAAAGCAUAGUGCAGGACUGACACAGGGGAUGCAUGCCUACAGAAAGUUGAUUUAUGGAGUAAAUGAAAUUGCUGUGAAAGUGCCUUCUGUUUUUAAGCUUCUAAUUAAAGAGGUUCUCAACCCAUUUUACAUUUUCCAACUGUUCAGUGUUAUCCUGUGGAGCAUUGAUGAAUACUAUUAUUAUGCUCUAGCCAUUGUGAUUAUGUCCAUAGUAUCCAUUAUAAGUUCACUAUAUUCCAUUAGAAAGCAAUAUGUUAUGUUACAUGACAUGGUGGCAACUCACAGUACCGUGAGAGUUUCAGUCUGUAGAGUAAAUGAAGAAAUAGAAGAGAUCUUUUCUACAGACCUUGUGCCGGGAGACGUCAUGAUCAUUCCAUUAAAUGGGACAGUCAUGCCUUGUGAUGCAGUACUUAUUAAUGGUACUUGCAUUGUAAAUGAAAGCAUGUUAACAGGAGAAAGUGUUCCAGUGACAAAGACUAAUUUGCCAAAUCCUUCAGUGGAUGUGAAAGGAAUGGGGGAGGAGCAGUACAGUCCAGAGACACAUAAGCGACACACUUUGUUUUGUGGGACGACUGUUAUUCAAACCCGUUUCUACACUGGAGAACUCGUGAAAGCCAUAGUAGUUAGAACAGGAUUUAGUACUUCCAAAGGACAGCUUGUUCGUUCGAUACUGUAUCCCAAGCCAACUGACUUUAAACUUUAUAGAGAUGCCUACUUGUUUCUGCUGUGUCUUGUGGUGGUGGCUGGAAUUGGAUUUAUCUACACAAUCAUCAAUAGCAUCCUAAAUGAGAAAGAAGUUCAAGAAAUAAUUAUUAAGUCUCUUGAUAUCAUUACAAUUACUGUGCCACCUGCUCUUCCUGCUGCAAUGACUGCUGGGAUUGUGUAUGCUCAGAGAAGACUGAAAAAAGUUGGGAUUUUCUGUAUUAGUCCCCAGAGGAUAAACAUCUGUGGACAGCUGAAUCUUGUUUGCUUUGACAAGACUGGAACUCUUACCGAAGAUGGUUUAGACCUGUGGGGAAUUCAGCGAGUGGAAAAUACCCGAUUUCUUUUACCAGAAGACAAUGUUUGCAGUGAGAUGUUGGUAAAAUCUCAAUUUGUUGCUUGUAUGGCUACUUGUCAUUCACUUACAAAAAUUGAAGGAGUACUUUCUGGUGACCCACUUGAUUUGAAAAUGUUUGAAGCCAUUGGAUGGAUUCUGGAAGAAGCAACUGAAGAGGAAACAGCGCUUCAUAACCGGAUCAUGCCUACUGUGGUUCGUCCUUCCAAACAACUGCUUCCUGAGUCUACAACUGCAGGGAACCAAGACAUGGAGCUGUUUGAACUUCCAGCUAUUUAUGAGAUAGGAAUUGUUCGCCAGUUUCCAUUUUCUUCUGCCUUGCAACGGAUGAGUGUGGUUGCAAGGACACUAGGUGAGAAGAGGAUGGAUGCCUACAUGAAGGGGGCCCCUGAGGUCGUCGCCAGUCUCUGCAAACCGGAAACAGUUCCUAUUGACUUUGAGAAAGUGUUAGAAGAUUAUACCAAACAAGGUUUCCGUGUAAUUGCUCUUGCACAUAGAAAAUUGGAGUCAAAGCUGACCUGGCAUAAAGUACAGCAUAUUAGAGACAACAUGUUGACAGCUGUGUCUGUGGCCAGAGACUGUGGGAUGAUUCUACCUCAGGAUAAAGUUAUUAUUGCUGAAGCAUUGCCUCCAAAGGAUGGAAAAGUCGCCAAGAUCAACUGGCACUAUACAGACUCCCUGUCACAGUGUAGUGAGCCAUCAGCCAUUGACUCAGAGGCUAUUCCAAUUAAACUUGCCCAUGAUAGUUUAGAGGAUCUUGAGGUGACUCGCUAUCAUUUUGCGAUGAAUGGAAAGUCAUUUUCGGUGAUACUGGAACAUUUUCAAGAUCUUGUUCCUAAGUUGAUGCUGCAUGGUACUGUGUUUGCUCGAAUGGCACCGGAUCAGAAGACACAGUUGGUGGAGGCAUUGCAGAAUGUAGACUACUUUGUUGGGAUGUGCGGUGAUGGUGCAAAUGAUUGUGGUGCUUUGAAGAGGGCACAUGGUGGCAUUUCCUUAUCUGAGCUCGAAGCUUCCGUGGCAUCUCCUUUUACUUCUAAGACACCCAGUAUCUCCUGUGUGCCAAACCUUAUCAGGGAAGGUCGUGCUGCUUUAAUGACGUCCUUCUGUGUGUUUAAAUUUAUGGCGUUAUACAGCAUCAUUCAAUACUUCAGUGUUACUCUCCUGUAUUCUAUCUUGAGUAACCUGGGAGACUUUCAGUUUCUCUUCAUUGAUCUGGCAAUCAUUUUGGUAGUAGUAUUUACAAUGAGUUUAAAUCCUGCCUGGAAAGAGCUUGUGGCACAGAGACCACCUUCAGGCCUUAUAUCUGGGGCACUCCUCUUCUCCGUCUUGUCUCAGAUUGUGAUCUCCGUUGGAUUUCAGUCGCUGGGUUUUUUCUGGGUCAAGCAGUAUAAAGUGUGUGAUCCAAAUUCAGAUGUUUGUAAUACAACAAGAAGCGCAUGUUGGAACUCGUCACACUUAUACAAUGGGACUGAACUUGAUUCGUGUAAAAUACAAAAUUAUGAAAAUACCACAGUGUUUUUUAUCUCCAGUUUCCAGUACCUCACAGUGGCGGUUGCCUUUUCAAAAGGAAAACCAUUCAGGCAGCCUUGCUACAAGAAUUAUUUUUUUGUUAUAUCUGUGAUUAUUUUGUAUGUUUUCAUAUUAUUCAUCAUGUUGCAUCCAGUUGCCUCUGUUGACCAGGUUCUUGAGAUUAUGUGUGUACCAUACCAGUGGCGCAUAUAUAUGCUUAUCAUUGUUCUUAUCAAUGCCUUCGUGUCUAUCACGGUGGAGAGCUUCUUCCUUGACACGGUCCUUUGGAAAGUUGUGUUCAAUCGAGACAAACAAGGAGAGUGUCGUUUCAGCACCACACAGCCACCACAGGAGUCAGUGGAUCGAUGGGGAAAAUGCUGCUUGUCCUGGGCCCUGAGCUGUGGAAGGAAGACGCCAAAAGCAAAGUACAUGUACCUAGCACAGGAGCUCCGCUUCGAUCCCGAGUGGCCACCCAAGCCUCAGACCACCACGGAAGCCAAAGCUGGAGUAAAGGAGAAUGGAUCAUGUCAGAUUAUCACCAUAGCAUAGCAAAGGCUGCUCUCUGUGCCAGUAGCAGUGUUCAGCAGGAUGCGCCAUUGAGCUUUUUCUGACCCUGUGUCAGAAUGGCACUAGUUCAGUUUAUAUCCCUCUCAUAAUAUGGCAGUCGAUUAAAACACAAAACAGUAAAAUGUCAUUUGCUGCACAAUUAUUAACUAUAAAUCUGGCCAUUUCUUCAUGCAGUAACCCAAAUACAAUAUAUACUUUAUAUUGGGUAUGAGAGAUCUGUGUUUGGGUUUUAUAGAUUUUAGCUUUUGACACUAAUUUGCCUCUUUAAAUUUAAUUUUCAUAAAUCCCCUUAUUAGAAAGUUCUUUUACAUAUAGGCCCCAAAAUUGUGAUUAUUAAAAAUAUAGUUAAUUGUGAUUAGCCUCCAAUGAAAAUAGGUUGAAAUCCUAUUUUGAUCCAGUGUUUUCUCCCAAAGAACUCUACGUUAAACAUACACCAUUUUCCUUUUAUGACCUGGAGUUAGGAGUGAGUUUGUGUGUUGUUGUUAAGAGCAACUCAGGUAAUUUCCAGUUCUGGUUUUCUAUUCUCUGUAGCCUGCCUGGGUGUCACUUUGUAGACAGUAAGGUACUCCACGGCUAGCUGCCUUAGAUGUCCUUCAUGGUACUCCAUGGGUCCCAUGCAGCAGUCUAGUGAAGCAAGGAAAUUUCACUAGAAAGGUUUAUUUCUGAGACAUGCAUGACAGUAAAGGCCCCUAAUCCUGCACAGGAGGCUGAGGCAGGAGAAUUGUUUAGUUCAAGAAUAGCCUAUAAUAGAUAGUAAAAGCCUGUCUCAGAAUAUACAAGCAGAGAAGGAUUGAGGUGAUUUCUCUUGGCAGUAGAUCUCAUUCAUAUCUCUUCAAACCUAUUUGUUUUUUUCUUUUGGGACUUGUAUCAUUUUAAAUAUUUCAUAUCAUCCCUCCCUCCCUCCCAAAGGAAUGG